AUGGCGCUUCUUGUUGAGAAAACCACCUCUGGCCGCGAAUACAAGGUCAAGGACAUGUCCCAGGCUGAUUUCGGCCGCCUCGAGAUCGAGCUAGCCGAGGUCGAAAUGCCCGGGCUCAUGUCUUGCCGUACCGAAUUUGGCCCUUCACAGCCCUUCAAGGGAGCCAAGAUCACUGGCAGCCUUCACAUGACUAUUCAAACCGCUGUUUUGAUUGAAACCUUGACCGCUUUGGGCGCCGAGGUGAGAUGGUGCUCCUGUAACAUUUUUUCAACUCAGGACCAUGCAGCCGCCGCCAUUGCUCGUGACAGCGCCGCCGUGUUUGCGUGGAAGGGUGAAACCCUACAGGAGUACUGGUGGUGUACUGAAAGGGCACUUGAUUGGGGCCCAGGUGGAGGACCCGAUCUGAUUGUUGAUGAUGGAGGAGAUGCCACGCUCUUGAUCCACGAAGGGGUGAAGGCCGAGGAGGAGUAUGAGAAAACUGGGAAAGUGCCCGACCCGAAUUCGACCGACAACGCGGAGUUCCAGAUCGUGCUUACGAUUAUCCGAGACGGGCUGAAGUCGGAUCCGAAGAAAUACACCAGAAUGAAGGAGAGACUCGUCGGUGUCUCCGAGGAAACUACUACUGGUGUGAAGAGGCUUUACCAGAUGCAGGCUAAUGGGACUCUGCUUUUCCCUGCUAUUAAUGUCAAUGACUCUGUCACCAAGAGCAAGUUUGAUAACUUGUAUGGAUGCCGCCACUCUCUCCCUGAUGGACUGAUGAGGGCCACUGAUGUUAUGAUUGCCGGAAAGGUUGCUGUUGUCGCUGGUUAUGGAGAUGUUGGCAAGGGCUGCGCUGCUGCCAUGAAGCAAGCUGGUGCCCGUGUGAUUGUGACUGAGAUUGACCCCAUUUGUGCUCUCCAGGCUCUCAUGGAAGGUCUCCAGGUUCUAACUCUCGAGGAUGUCGUCUCUGAAGCUGACAUCUUCGUUACCACCACUGGUAACAAGGACAUCAUCAUGGUCGACCACAUGAGAAAGAUGAAAAACAAUGCCAUUGUUUGCAACAUUGGUCACUUCGACAAUGAAAUCGACAUGCACGGUCUCGAGACCUACCCUGGUGUUAAGAGGAUCACCAUCAAGCCACAAACAGAUAGAUGGGUAUUCCCAGAUACAAAUUCCGGUAUUAUUGUCUUGGCUGAGGGUCGUCUCAUGAACUUGGGAUGUGCCACUGGACACCCUAGCUUUGUGAUGUCAUGCUCUUUUACCAACCAAGUGAUUGCACAACUUGAGCUCUGGAACGAGAGGAAAACUGGCAAGUACGAGAAGAAGGUUUAUGUCUUGCCCAAGCACCUCGAUGAGAAGGUUGCUGCUCUCCACCUUGGGAAACUUGGUGCUAAGCUCACUAAGCUUACAAAGGAUCAGGCUGAUUACAUUAGCGUUCCAGUUGAGGGUCCAUACAAGCCUCCUCAUUACAGGUACUAA